AUGGAAAAGGGAAAUGUUACGAAUGUUUCUUUCUGCUCCAGGACGAAGAAGGAGGCGUCGGAGUCGCAGGGGAAGUGGGAAAAAGGGAGCCCAGAAGAGCAGGAAGAAGAGCGCACUCCCACCCCCUCAUUACCAAGCAGCUCCCAUAUGACCAUGACCCCCGGGGAGCAGCUUCCCUCAGCCCAGCUCCAAGCCCUGCUGAUGAGAGCCGUGAAGGGUCUGACGACACCCACCCUGGAGCGAUUUCAAGCCGCCGAGGAAGAGCUGAGGACCAUCGUGUCUCUACACGGAGACAAGAUGGAGAGAGUUGGAGACGUCGUGGGACGUAUCUUAAUCUGGCUGGACAACGUCUGUAAUCCCAGAGCCAGAAAAGCAGCACUGAGGGCCACGGCCUUGCUGGCUCGUUCCCACCCCCAGGACGUGGUUCUGAGCUGUGUGGUGCACACGCUGUCCUCGGACAGAUGUGCCAUUGAGCUGUGGAAGGCCUUGGGGGAAGAACCACAGCUCCCCAGGGAGGUGCUGCAGCAGCUGCUGGACAAGCUCCAGCAGAGACACCGGGAGGAGAAGAGCGGCAAUGUGUCUCUGGCUGCAAUGAGGACCAUUUACGAGGUCCUUUUCCUAUGGGGAUACCGAGAAGCCAUCCUGGAAAUGUAUCCCCAGAUGCUCAUCCUCUGCGUCAGGCAAGUGCAGUAUGUGAUGGAUCUGCACUUGCCAGGGACCUACAUGGCCAGCACGACAUCCAGCCCCGAGGAGGGAUCCAGCUGCCUCAACCCCCUAAGCACGUCGGUGGAGGCUGUGAAGACUCUUUUUUCCAUGCCCGGAUACUGGAAAGAAUUUGCCAGCAUCCAAUUUCAGCAGGGUUGGGACAUGAUAGCCUCACGAUAUUACUACUCGCAGGGUGUUGGCGUGAUUGCAAGAGCCAUGAUCGAGUUUGAGAACCCUCAGCUCCCUGCCGUCUUCAGAGAGGCCAUCACCACUGUUCAAAGGGAGAAGGAGGAGGAGCAGAGAAAUAUCGCCAUAACUUUCUGCACUGAGUUUCUCCAGAGUCCUUCCAUUGAGACAAUACUGACAAAAUCAGAGCUCCAGGCACAGCUCAUGGAAUGGACCCAAGAUAAAAACCCCAUUGUACGUCGGCUCAGUCUGCGAGGCCUUGGCAGUAUUGUGCUCCAGCCAGAAAAGGUGCACUCGUUACGGGCUCAGCUGCCAGCGAUCAUGGACAUGUUUUGUGACACGGAUAGAGGGCGUGUCAUGGGAGCCAUGCAUCAAGCUGCAGACAUCAUCUACCUCCUGGAUGGGGAGGGGCUUGGCUCCAUCUCCCAGGACAUUGCAGUCAGCCUUCGCCCCUUCAUUGAUGACGAGAGGGACAGCGUGCGCUCCGUUGCCAUUUUACUGCUUGGCAACGUGGUGAGCAGCGUGAAGGACCCGGACAAACCCAUCGUGCAGCAGAAGAUGAUCCACUGCUUGCUCCGCUCCUGCUGCACCUUGAAGACCGGGAUGAGAGUGUGACACUGAGAUGCAAACUGACGCUCUUCCGCUGCGCAGUGUUUCUCAGGUGGGCUCAUUUGAAGACGCUGUUCCGCAGCAUGGCCUGGGAUGGCUCCACACAGCUCCGGAAGUGUGCCUGGAAGUGCUUGAUGCAGAACAACAAGAGCCACAUCCCCAAAUUCCUGUUCCACGCCUUAGAAUACCUGGAAAGCUCACAGACAACAAUCAGACAUUCUGCAGCCCUGUUCAUUGGUAAGCAGAGCGACUUCACUUGAGCUUUUUUGACCUGCUUCCUUCAAAGCCCUUUUC